AAAGGUUGUUCUCUCCCUUGUCUGAACUUGACUGGCAAAGAUGGCUGGCGUAAGAGCGCUUGGAAUACUUUCCAGGUUUGCAACGAGCAGAUAUUCACUCUUUUCAGGUUAUGCGUGCCGCAGCUUCACAGUUUCUUCUGCCAUGCUAGUUCGAACCCAUGUCAACUAUGAAGUUAAGGGAGAUGUUGCAGUUAUACGAGUCAACGACCCAAACUCCAAGGUUAAUGCUUUGUCGGUGCAGAUGCAGUCAGAAUUAACACAAGUAAUGAAUGAAGUCUGGACAAAUGAUGCCGUCAAAAGUGCUGUGCUCAUCUCCUCCAAGCCUGACUGCUUCAUAGCCGGAGCAGAUAUCAACAUGAUAGAGGCCUGUAAAUCUGAAGCGGAAGUGACCAAACUUUCUCAGGAAGGACAGAAAAUGUUUGAGAAGAUUGAAAAGUCCCCCAAACCCAUUGUUGCUGCAAUUAAUGGAUCCUGUUUGGGAGGAGGCCUGGAGUUUGCCAUUGCUUGCCAGUACAGAGUGGCAACAAAAAACAAGAAGACAGUUCUUGGUACGCCUGAGGUUAUGCUGGGCUUAUUGCCAGGAGCUGGAGGAACCCAGAGACUGCCAAAAAUGGUGGGUCUUCCCUCUGCCUUUGACAUGAUGUUGACGGGAAGAAACAUCCGUGCUGAUAAAGCUAAAAAGAUGGGGCUUGUUGACCAGCUUGUCGACCCACUUGGCCCUGGGUUGAAAAGUCCCGAGGAGAGAACAAUUGAGUACCUUGAAGAAGUUGCUGUGGAAUGUGCCAAAGGAAUAGUCAGUAAGAAAAUCUCCCUCAAGAAAGACAAAGGAUUGAUGCAGAAAAUAACAGACUACGUUAUGAGCAUUCCAUUUGUAAGGAAGCAGAUCUACAAAACUGUGACAAAUAAAGUUAUGAAGCAGACUAAGGGACUGUAUCCUGCUCCUUUGAAAAUAAUUGAGGCUGUCCAGACAGGUAUUGAUCAAGGAUCAGAUGCUGGCUAUUUAGCUGAAUCACAGGGUUUUGGAAAACUAGCCAUGACCAGUGAAUCCAAAGCUCUUAUUGGUCUCUACCAUGGUCAAGUUACAUGCAAGAAGAACAGAUUCGGGACCCCACAGAAAGAGGUCACAAACCUGGCCAUUUUGGGAGCAGGUCUGAUGGGGGCUGGCAUUGCCCAGGUCUCUGUAGAUAAGGGUCUCCAAACCAUUCUGAAAGACACCACCAUUGAAGCUGUAGGGAGAGGGCAGCAGCAAGUCUAUAAAGGGUUAAAUGACAAAACUAAAAAGAGGAACAUCACAUCCUUCGAGAGGGACAGCAUUCUUUCUAACCUCACCGGCCAGCUAGAUUAUAGUGGAUUUGAUAAGGUGGACAUGGUGAUUGAGGCUGUUUUUGAAGACAUCAAUAUCAAGCACAAAGUCUUGAAAGAAACUGAAGCGGUUAUUCCUCCUCAUUGUAUUUUUGCCACUAACACUUCUGCCCUACCUAUUAAAGACAUUGCUGCCGCUAGCAAACGACCAGAAAAGGUCAUUGGGAUGCAUUACUUCUCUCCAGUGGACAAAAUGCAGCUGCUGGAGAUCAUAACUACUGAUAAAACCUCUAAGGACACCACUGCCUCUGCUGUUGCUGUUGGCCUUAAGCAGGGAAAAGUCAUCAUUGUUGUUGGGGAUGGUCCUGGUUUCUACACAACUAGAUGUCUGGCUCCCAUGUUAGCAGAAGCUGUCAGAGUCCUACAGGAAGGUGUUGACCCAAAGAAGCUGGAUUCUCUCACUACUGGUUUUGGCUUUCCUGUUGGUGCCGCCACUUUGGCAGACGAGGUUGGCAUUGAUGUGGCUGCCCAUGUAGCAGAAGACCUGGGCAAAGCCUUUGGUUCCCGAUUUGGUGGUGGCAAUGUUGAAGUUCUGAAGACCAUGGUGGAAAAAGGUUUCAAAGGCCGCAAAUCAGGAAAAGGAUGUUAUGUCUAUCAAGAAGGAGUGAAAAACAAAAAUGUAAAUCCAGGAAUUGAAGCAAUUCUGGAGAAGUACAAGAUGCCAGCUGACCCUCAAGUGUCUUCGGAUUCCGAUAUCCAGUACCGCCUCAUCUCCAGGUUUGUGAAUGAAGCCGUGAUGUGCCUGCAGGAAGGUAUUCUCAACAACCCAGUGGAAGGAGACAUUGGGGCUGUCUUUGGACUUGGAUUCCCACCUUGCCUAGGAGGUCCUUUCAGAUUUGUUGACUCCUACGGAGCAGAUAAACUUGUUGAGAAGAUGAGGAGGUUUGAAAAUGUCUAUGGAAAUCAGUUCACACCAUGCCAGUUGCUGCUUGACCAUGCAAAGGAUGCUAGCAAGAAAUUCCACAAAUAAACUUUGCAGCAAUUCUGUUUAUUUUCUAAUUAUGCUAAAAUUUUGGAGCCUUUAAGAUCUAACAUUAGUCUUGAAAGCAAUGUAAUGGUAAAAUCUAGGCCAGUUUAAACCAUGUAAAUGCAUGUGUCAUGUACAAAUGCAUUUAAGUGUUUAACCAAAUUAAGCAUUGGCAUCGCAGGUCUGUUUUCCAAGGUGCCUUAGAAUUACAUGUGACUACUCAGGCACUUCUGUUUCUUUUAGCAGGGCUACAAUUUGUUUGGGAGUUAAUGCACUAGUAACUUGUAAAACCUGUAAAAAAUGUUUUUUUUUUAAGAAAAGUCAAGCUUAGAAACCCAUAGAUGAAAAGGUUCUGAAAGCAGUGCACUUGAGUGCAGUGUUCCAUUGUGAGAAAUCUUGAAUAAAAAUUUAAAUUGUUUAAACCUA